AUGACUGACCGUAGAAACGUUGGUCCUUCAAGAAAGAGAAUUUCAAAAGCGUUAGACCAAGAUUACUGGGACUGUAGUGUGUGUACGUACAGUAACUCUCCUGAGGCUUUUAAAUGCUCAAUGUGCGAUGUAAGAAAAGGAACUUCCACACGAAAACCUCGUCUUAACCAACACAUUGUUGCGCAACAAGAAGCAACGCGGCUCGUCGCUCAAGCUGUUCCGUUGUCACCAAGCUUGUCACAUAAAGAUGAGGACUUUUGUGAGAAACAGGGCGACUCUCCGGUAAAAAGUAAGCGACAUCGACUAAAAGGAGUAGACAGAAGUUCCCCCAUGACUAUGGCUGUCACAGUCAACAAUGUAACUGUGCUGUUCACAGAGUUUCGGGCGAAAAAAGCAUCGUUAGAAUGCAAUGAAAAGAUAAAGUCAUGA